ACGACAUUUGGACAUCGGACUGGAUAUUUUUUGGUGCUGUUCAAUUUGACAUUUCCGAUGUCGAUUUUUGAUAAGUUUCGCCAGACCUUUCAAUUUUAGCCUAUUGUCCUACAAAGCAUACAACAAUAAUCACUUCAUGCAAGCUGUACGAAACUCUUGCUUGGAUCUUGCCAGCUUUCAAGUUAGAUAAGUCUAUCAAGAACUAUGAGAAGAGAUGUUCCUACACGGUCUGCACGCCUUGCUCAAUCUCGCGUACAGUACCGUGCCCUUGCGUUGGAACUAUGCAAAGUAGACGGCUCUUGCGUGGAUGAUAUUGUGGACUCUGUGAAUCUAUCAGAUAGAUGUCAAUGGAUUCGAAACAUUGUCCAGAUGAGUCUUAUACACUGUUUGAAGAGCAUGAAUGUGCAACAUGUGCUCAAGAAGGAAUCAACAGCCUAACAAAGGCACUGUUGAUCGCAAUUGCAAUGCUAGGCAUAUCAGGA